AUGUCUGAAAUUGCGGCGCUUAAGUCGGACAAAGAAACCCGAGAUGCGACGGUCGGCCUUGUGAAGGCCACAGAGCGCAAUCAGUUAGAGAAUCUCGAGAUGCUUAGAUCCAUCAAAACCAUGACGUCGCAGAUUUCGCUCCUUCUAAGACGAUGUAUGCUCGAAAGUGGGACGGACACGGAUUGCUUCGAUGCCCACCAUCCAAGCCAUCGUGGGAGUAGAUUACAACGAGCUCUUCUCGAAUCAGAGCAUGUCCUGAGUGCCAUUCCUGAGAACGAUGGUAUGCUUACUCAAGUGGACAGUCAAAGAUAUCAGACGGUAUUAGAUCGUAUUCGCGAGAUAUCCGAACGACUGAGCAAUCUCACUCGAAGACUCGAUACUUAUGACCCGCACGGCCCGACGCCAGAGUCCGGUUCAGUUGGGCGGGUGGAACGUAUUGACGAUAAUAAUAGCGAGACACUCAGCAUCGCAGCCAUGGUGCGAUUUCUUCACCAAGUCAGCGACGAUGUACGUGAUGCGCUGGGCAUGGUUGGUUACGGACAUGAGCUUGUGCCCACAGUAGCCUGUCCCGACCAAAUCAAAAUCUAG